AUGCCUACUCUGGCAGACCGUACUAUCGUUCUAGCUUCUAAUACGCCAAUGGGGAUUGAUAGCUCAAUCAUGUUGGUUAUGUCGAAAUUACAGCAGCUAUAUCUGCCAAUUGUCGGUAGCUUGGUGCCUAUCUUGAUAUUCUGGCUGGCCCGAAGAUGGAUGGGUUUGAGCGCGCCGCCCUUAGAUGCUGCCGACAGCAUGUCUAGCCAGACCAAGAAAGAAACUACCGUUGACAGCAGUACUGAUACAGACGCAGAAGCUGUAGAGUCCGGUCUGCUAAAGAAGCACUCCAAAGUACAAACAUACUCCACGAGUCGAUACGAAUACCCUAACCUUCGAGUGUUUUUCCGUGAGCAUCCACAGUUUACGAAAUUACCUACUGAUCCCGUUCCCUUGCCUCUCCUCGUCUUCCUACACGGACUAGGAGGGUCUGUCGCUCAAUUCGAUCCCCUAUUAGCGAGUUUAGUCAACGUAGCAUCAUCGCUAGCUAUCGAUUUGCCAGGAUGCGGGCUUUCGGCAUUUGACCAGCAAGCUUGGGGCGCAUACACAAUGGAAAAUAUGGCCGAGUUGAUUAGUGUAGUUAUUUCCAAGCAUAGGGUUACCGGACAAGGAGUUGUACUUAUUGGUCACUCACUGGGUUGUUCUUUAGCAGCCAUGGUCGCUUCGAAAGAUCUGGUGCCAAAUUCCGUAGCAGAACAUGUUAUUGGACUAAUUGCAAUAUGUCCCCGCGCUGAGCCACCGACAGAGAAGGAAGUAGCGACAUUCACGAAGCUACUCUGGAUUCCCUCGCCAGUAUUUGAUCUUUGGCGACGGUGGGACAGACGAGGCGGAAAGGACAGUAUAAGCGUACGGCGAUUCGUGGGACCAGAUGCAGACGUGACGACCAAAUUACUUCAAUAUCGGUUUAACAACCAGAGUAAGACACCGGUCUGGAGGAGAAUGGCCUUUGGCACUUUGCCGAGAUAUGAGAAUGGAGUUGCGAAGGGUGGGCUACCAGGCAAAGACACAUGGGCCAAUCUACGUGUACCCAUAUUCUUGAUCGCUGGAGAAGAUGACCACGUCACGAAGCCAGACAAUAUCACUAAGAUAGCUUCAUUUCUUGGACAGGGAGGUGCAAGUAGGGAACUAGCUGCCAACAGCAAGCCAGUUACUGACUCCGCUACCACCGUUAUUGAUCACAAGUCAAGCUCUGCUCAGGACCGGACGAUAUCGUCCAUCCGGGCAGAGGACUUCUUAGCCAACAAGGAACCUACAACAGAAGAUUCCAGCGCAGACCCAUCGAAUACCCGCAAUACUUUUACCCUCCCACCACAACAAUACUCAAGAAAGCAACUCUUAAAAACUACUCUCCUUCCGAAGCCAGCAUCACAUGCUAUGCUUUAUCAGCCUACCUCUGUCCGCGUCCUGGCAGGAUUGAUCUUCGAUUUCCUAUCUAAACAGAUCUCGCCUCGUUUGGACCUAGGGUGGCAAUUACAAUACCUGAGUUCAUCGGGCAAAUGGGAUGUAAAAAAUGUUGAGAAAUGGAAAGCAGUGCCUCCUGUUUCCGAACCUAUAAACGAUAUCUUUCGCGCCAUGAAGACCCUUCGAGAGGUCGAUCCGACACAUUCCCCUGUGACAUUCAGUCAAGAAUGGGGAAACCAGAUCAAGGAUAUCGUAGACAUCUCACAUGAAGCGCCUGUUUACGAUCCUAAGAAUCUAUCCAAGAAUGGAGUGACUUAUCACAAGUUCCCUACUGUUUCUAAAAUUCCUCCUAGCGAAGCCGAAGUUACAGAAUUCGUACGGGCGAUUGAUGAUAUUCGGAAAUCGCAGCCUUCUCGAAAGGUUUCUGAGAAUUGGGGAGAUGAAUUUUAUAUCGGUGUACACUGCCAUUAUGGAUUCAACAGAACCGGAUUCUUCGUGGUUUGUUAUUUGAUCGAGCGUUGCGGUUAUACUAUCGAAGACGCCAUUGAGGAAUUCAGGGUCAAGAGACCAAAUGGCAUUAGGCACGAGCAUUUCUUAGACGAGCUUUACGUCAGGUACUGUAAAGGCUUGAAGAGAGCUCCGACCCUGUAA